GAGCGAGUAUUCCGAGUAAGGGUUGGAAAGUAUCGUUCAAGAGCGCAUUCAAAAAGAGAGAAAAGAAAGCAAAAUAAGGCAUGGCAGAGGAGAAAAUGGGAGGAAGGAUUAAAGAAUGAGAACUUUCGUGUACCAGAAAGAGAGGAGUUGCCACAAGAGGAGAAAUAUGAUGAAAAGACUCGUGGACCAGAACUACAGAAGAUGCCAGAAGAGGGAGGGGAGAGUGAAAAGGUUCGCGAAUCAGAAAGUGAGAAGGUGGCAGAACCACUGCCCACAAACAAGAAACGGAUCGAGGCCAACAAACUAUCUCCAGAGGCAAAUACUUUUUCCAGAGGCAAGGUCAUGGUCAAUUUAUCACAUUCGAAGCUGAAAGGGAAAGGUCAUACCGAAGAGAAAUACGUGCCGGCCGCAAAAAUUUCACGGAAACAAAUCGAAGUUAGCUCCAGAAAAAAUAGCAUCGGUAAGAACGCAGAUGCUCUUGCGUUUAAGGAGAUCAAUAGGUCUUUGGUGAAAGUGGAUAAAAGCCAAAAAAUUGGAAGCGGAACCUUCGGGAACUGCUACAUCGCCCUAUACCGCAAUGAAUACCGCGUUGUUGCUAAAGAAAUGAAAAUAACUGAAUCCCCAAAGGAGACAAGAGAGGAAGUGUGGCGAGAAGCAUCGGCAAUCACUGGAAUCGGAGACCACUGGGGAAUCCCUCUUCUGUCUGGUGUUUCCACAGAUCGGGCACCAUUUUAUCUGGUUCUCCAGUUCCACGCUCUGGGUAGUGAAAGCGUAACACUUUUUAAGGCCGCUUCGGAAAAAGUUAUUCAAGAUGUUGCCAUGUGCGCAAAUAUCUUAAAGCAAACAUGCGAAAUACUAAUGUUCAUCCAUGAAAGAGGUUUCUUGCACAACGAUCUGAAGAGCAAUAAUGUUGUCAUUGACGGAUCGGAAAACAAGCCCGUAAUUAUCGAUUUUGGAAAAAGCUGCAAGAUUGUUAAAGCCAGGUUAUGUAAACCCAAGGUGAACAUUGAGAAAUCGAUGAACAAAUUUCCGCACAUCGCACCGGAAAUACAUCGCGGUGAAAGGCAGUCCAUCGCUAACGACGUGUUUUCAUUUGACUAUCUGGUCACUCGUUUAUUUAAAGACGCUAAGCUAGAAAUUCCACCAGUCCUGAAGGAAGUCGCUAAGAAAUGCCAGAGGUCAAUCCCA